CUUUCUCUCCCUCCCUCCCUCCCUCCCUCGCUUUCUACCUUUCACUCUGCCUUUUGCAUACCAGAGUGCAGACUGCAGCAGGGACCAGCAAGCUUUCCUCAUCCUGGAAGAGCAAAGAAUCCAGGGAACGUUAUCAGCCAACGAAAAAUAAGUGAUAUUUUUUUUCUGGUGGGUCUUCCAGUUUCCAGGUCCCUCCGUGGAGAAGUGCAGGUUUGCAUCUGGCCCCGACUUGCCUGUGUUCUGACCCUCACUCAACCCUUGGGACAGGCCCACUCACACACCGCCUUGCCCUCCUCAUCCUCAUCGGCUGUAGGAUGACUGCGGCUCUGUGCUGACGAGGCGUCGGCGAGCAGCAGUGAUGGGCGCUGGGCUGGCCGGAUUCCCCACCACCCCCUCCGAUACCGCUCUACCACCCUCAGCACCACCACCACGCUGCCCCCCCAGGACGGGCGCUCCCCUAAGCCCCGCCGAUGGGCGAAGACACUGACGCCACUCCGACACUCAACCACCGCGGCUUCCUCCCCGACUACAACUAUGUGACUGAAGGGCUGCUCCUGGCUAUAGCCUGAAGAGCUCCGCCCAUCCCGUCCACCCCUCUCCACCCUGGAGUCAUCCCCCAGGAUGUUGAGCCCCAUCCAGGUGCUGUGCUCCGACAUCACUACCCUUUCUCUGGAGCCUGAGCCGUUUGCCUCUUACACUGAAGCCGAUAUCAUCUCCACUGUUGAGUUCAACCAAACGGGAGAGCUGCUGGCCACUGGGGACAAGGGAGGCAGAGUGGUCAUCUUUCAGCGAGAACCUGAGAGCAAAACUGAGCUGUUCUCCCAGGGAGAGUACAACGUCUACAGCACUUUCCAGAGCCAUGAGCCCGAGUUUGACUACCUUAAGAGUCUGGAGAUUGAGGAGAAGAUCAAUAAGAUCCGAUGGCUGCCUCAGCAGAACGCGGCACAUUUCCUCCUCUCCACCAAUGAUAAAACCAUUAAGCUGUGGAAGGUGAGUGAACGAGACAAACGUCCGGAGGGGUACAACCUGAAAGAUGAAGAGGGUCGGAUCAAGGACAUUUCCACUGUGACCUCCCUACAGGUGCCUGUUUUGAAGCCCAUGGAUUUAAUGGUGGAGGUGAGCCCGAGGCGGGUGUUUGCCAACGCCCACACCUAUCACGUCAACUCCAUCUCGGUCAACUCCGACCACGAAACCUACAUGUCGGCUGACGACCUGAGGAUAAACCUCUGGCAUCUGGACAUCACCGACCGCAGCUUCAACAUUGUGGACAUCAAGCCAGCCAAUAUGGAGGAUCUGACAGAGGUGAUCACAGCGGCUGAGUUUCACCCCCACCACUGUAACCUGUUUGUGUACAGCAGCAGCAAAGGCACCCUGCGCCUCUGUGACAUGAGGGAGGCGGCGCUGUGCGACCGACACUCCAAAUUGUUUGAGGAGCCAGAGGACCCCAGUGCUCGUUCCUUCUUCUCCGAGAUUAUCUCCUCUGUGUCUGACGUCAAAUUUAGCCACAGCGGGCGCUACCUGCUCACCAGAGACUAUCUGACUGCCAAGGUUUGGGACCUCAACAUGGAGAGCAAGCCCUUGGAGACCUACCAGGUUCACGAUUACCUCCGCAGCAAGUUGUGCUCCCUUUAUGAAAACGACUGCAUCUUCGACAAAUUUGAGUGCGCCUGGAAUGGCUCGGACAGCGUGAUCAUGACAGGAGCCUACAACAACUUCUUCCGCAUGUUCGACCGCAACACCAAGCGUGACGUGACCUUAGAAGCGUCCCGGGAGAGCAGCAAACCCCGAGCCGUGCUCAAGCCACGUAGAGUGUGUGCCGCAGGGAGCAAGCGGCGCAAGGACGACAUCAGCGUGGACAGCCUGGACUUCACCAAGAAGAUCCUGCACACGGCCUGGCAUCCGACAGAGAACAUCAUUGCCAUCGCCGCCACCAACAACUUGUACAUCUUCCAGGACAAACUCAACUCGGAGAUGCAUUCGUGAGCGCAGAUCAAGACACAACAGUGCCAGAAUGUACGCAAUCAUACGCACUCAAGGACGGGCAUCAUACUUUACAUACAAACACAUUCACCUCUUCAUCAACCUCGGACAAAUGGAAGGACCUCAAGUAGGCCAUGCUGGGAUUAUGGAGGUGUAGAAACAUCAGACUGGACAUAUGUUUACAUGGUCUUUUUCCACCUCAUCCUCUUCUAUUUUUAGCCAUGGGUAUACUGCACUCCAAUUCAACCCCCCUUGUGUCUACCAGCACCAGUGAUGUUAAAUGAGGCAUUGAUCUUACUGGUCAUGUGUUUAAUUUAAAGUCACCUCCGCCAUUUUCACUUUUCUCCCUUCUCUGUAAUGAUUUAAUUGGCAACACGAUGAUGGUGAUCCAAGAUCUCUCCAGUUCAGGAGAGUCUCACAUUCCUUCAGACAGAAGCAGAAGUAUUACUUCACGUGUGGACGCACAGUUAUCUCCUCCACAUGUUUGCAAACCUCACGGGUUCUGCUUCUGGUCUGUGGCUGCAUUUUGCGCUACUUUAAUACAAAUAAAGCAAAAAAAAAAAAGUUUUUUUUUUUUUUAAAUCAGCAAUUAAGCAAGACUAUGCUGCAUGUCACACAGAUUUAGCCUACUGUAGACUGACUAACUGACUUGGCUGCCUUUUUAAUCAUGUAGACCCAGCUGUACAAAAUGCUUACAGCACGAAGAAACCACCGAUGACCGAACUCUCGUUACCUUUGCGUCUGUGGAUGCUCACGCAUGUUUACUGAUGUUCGGUUCAUACGCUUACAUGUACCAAUUGGAAUGAAGCUGUACGGGAAUCUGCCCGGUACAGAGGCAAACGGAUACUAAGGUUUUGGGUUAUUGUUAUACUCUAAAAGGGCCUAAAUGGUGUAUUAACCCUCUUUUUGGACUUGUAUGAGAUUUUUUUUUUUCAAAAUCCAUAAACUGACGUGGACUCAAUUUACAAGAUUGCCUCCAAAGCGACAGCAGAGAGAUGCUACUUUUAUCUCUAACGCCUUCCACACUGAUUACUUUGCUAAUGUCAAGAAUUGUUUAUUUUUGAAGAACAAUUUAUUCUUUUAUUUCACUUUUUUGAAUAAAAGAAAAUCCAGUUUACUCCAUGUGCUGACCAAACUAAUGUAAAUUUUUGUGCUCAUGUGUGUUGAGGACAAACCUGUCAAACAAGCAGGUAUUUUUUUUCGGGGAGAAUAAAGAUUUCAACAAUUG